AUGAGGAAUGAAAAUAUAACUUGGUCUAAAAAUGGGUUCAUUGCGUACAUGGCUCCAACUCAUAAUUCAAAGUAUAACCUAUUUCUAACGUAUCUUGAAAAUAUUGAUGGAAGAACAUGGCAAUUAGCCAAGCCACAGGGUUUGAGUAUGAAACCCAACGACGAUUGUGAACUACCCCAUUUAUCUUCAAUAUUCUGGAGUAAUCUCAGUACUGAUUUGGCCGUUUGUGAUGAUCAUGGGAACUUUUAUAUACUAUUGGCCGGGGUUGGAUUAUUGGGCCAGAAUGGAGAAGGUAAGCCAACAGAAAACGGGAAAAAGAAUUCACCAUCGUCGAAUGGUAAUUUUCCAAGCUAUGAAUUGACCUCUUAUAAUCAUACAGAAAUGAUAUAUCGUGAUAUAAUUAGUCCAAACCUUACAGGAAAUUCUGUUACUCGAUCAAAGUUUGUUGCAUUUAAAUGGCUCAAUAUCGAAAAGACCCAAAUCAUUAAUAAACCAGCUACUUUUGUUAACACAGAUCCUCAACAAUCUCAACAAAUGCCCCAAGCUCCUCUUGCUUACUCUUAUGGUGUAACCCAGUAUCAACCAUAUGGAGCAUGUCAUCCGAUUUCAACAAAGCAAGCAUGUGUUGCAUUACGACAAAAUGGUGAGUUCAUCUUAUAUUUUCAAGGGGAACAUAAGGUUGAAUACCAUAAAGUAUCAGUUCCAGUUUUAAAUAAAAAAAUAGUCUCGUUCACUCGGGCUUCAAUCGGGUUUGAUUCAAAAAGAAUAAUUGCAACCGCUUAUGAUUCGAUACUGGAUACUAUCUUUUCAUUCCUGGUUGAUAUAGAAUGGGGGUUCUUAAUCGAGUCAAGUAAAAAACAAAAAGUUGAUCCUCAUUAUUAUACUCCAAAAGAACUACAGACUCCUCCAAAAUUAAACUUGAGGGUGUUUCAUCAAAUGAGACCCAGACCACUGCUUGAAAUUGAAGUUCAAUCAGUUAAAAAUGAAGACGCAAUGGACAUUGAUGAUAAUGAUAAAAAUAACGAUGAAACAAGAACGACACUUAGCAAUCUUUCUUCGAUUAAUAUAAUAUCAACUAAUUUCGAAGAAGAAAAUCAACUAAUGGUUUUUAUCAGUUACGAAACUUUAGAUGAGAUUACUCUGCAAAAACUGACAACAAUCUAUCGGUAUUCAAUAACAAAAGCGCUGGAUUUGAUAUCAAGUGCUUUUGUUGAUUUGGGAUUGCGUAAAAAUAUUUCAAAGCCAAAUGGUGCAAUAACUUACGAGUUAUCUUUACAAGAUAAGUUAACUCGACCUAAUUUAAUUCAAUCAAUUGAUACAGCAGUUGCUGAGACUUUCAUCAUAAUAACAUAUGAAGACGGCCAAAUUGAUUUGAUGGAUAGAAAAACCUUAUCGCUUGUUUCCAAUAAUCAAGAAAACAAAAAUAGUACUCCUCCCACUAUAACGACGCUUUUCGAUGUUGGAUUCCAGUUCCCAAAAAUUGAAAGAACUAGCAAAAACCCUUUACGAGUAAGUGUUUCUCCCAACUUGACAUCUCUUGUUUAUACUGAAGUAAAUAACGAAACACAACAAUUGACUUUGAAAGUCCUUGAAAAAAGACCUGAAUGUGAGAUAUCACCAAAAGAAUUAUUCAUUACAUCAGUUGGUUUUGCAUUCCGUCAUGCUUACUCAUGCUAUACCAACACUUGUGCUGAUGAUUUGGUGGCAUUGAUUCAAACAGAAAUAAAGAGAAUAGGAAAUUCACUUGCGAAAGCUGUCGCAACUAAAGAAUCAAACUUAGAACUCAUAUUAAAUCGGUUCAUUGAAUCGAUCAUUUGUGAGUCUCAUAAAGCUAUAAAUUUCCAAUUAGACGCUUUUGGGAAAGACUCAGUUGAUAAACUUUUAUCUAAUCCUCCUUUACAAAAAUUGUUAUCUUUACAAUUAGUCUUAGGUGAAUUACAGCAAAAUUCCAAUCAUGUAAUAAGCGAUCUCGCUUGGAUAGUGUUGAAUUUAAGAAGUACCAGUUUUGGCAUAAUGUUUUCGUUAUCAAGUAUAUACCGUCAAAUAUCGAAGAAGAAACCUGCUGAAGAUAGCUUACAAGAUUCGAUAACCAGAGCUGAAUGCAUUAUGUCUUUAGUUGGAAAUGUUAAAUGGUUAAUUGACUUGAUGAUCUAUUUAAAUCAAGAAUUAUUGCAGUUAGCAUUUGUGAAAAACACUAAUAGUACUGAUACCAAACUUCAUUAUAAGAACUCUAUUGUUUUACCAAUAAUUUUAAGUAAAGUUCCACGGUUGUUCCUUAUGUAUGCCUGGUCAUCUAUUGGAAAGACCCAUGAAAUUUUGAAAAAAUUGCAUAAAGACCUUUCGGAAAGCAAUAAGCUUUUCACUCCAAUGAAAGAAGCUUUGAAUCGCUAUUUCACGGUUUGUAAUACUUCCCCAUUAAACCUCAGCAUCUCAGAAAACUUUUUAAGAGAAUGUGAUGCUUAUGUCUCUAAGGAGAUCGCCUCAAGAGCUGCUAAUAAGGAUAGAGGAUAUGCGUUGAAAAUCGAACAAAAACUAGUUUGCCAGGGUGAGUUAUCCGAUGACUUAGUUCAGAUUGCUAAACUAUUGAUAGAAAGACAUUCAAUUAAUAUAAGCAGAGACAUUAAAGUUUCAGAACUUUUCUUCUAUGACGUCAAUUGGAUUGACGUUGGAAUUGCCAAAAAUACGAUGUCUAGAAUAGAAAAUGAAGAUUUUUUUAGAAGUAAAAAUCCAGUGAUACAUAUUGACCCAAAGGAUCAAAGAACAACAAUCCCAAGACUUCAAUACAAUAGAAUUGAAUGUAUCGAUGCAUUGAGAAAGGUUGUCGUAAAAGUUGGGGAUAAAUUAAAUCCAAAUCUGGCCACCGUCAUUCCCAAAAAGAAUAAUAAUAAUAAGUUAGCCAAACUUAGAAAAUGUACCAGAUGCAGAUCUGUUUCUUCAGUAACUGAUCCUUUAGUUUUUGAUGUUCCAUCUAACGUCGGAUUGUGGACAAUGGUUUUUCAAAGAACUUGUAUAUGUGGUAGCGCAUGGGUAAAUUGUGAAAAAUGA